AUGGUAUCAAUUGAGAUUGUUCCUCGUUCAAAGAGCUUAAAGGCAUUGAGUACUGAUGAAUUGGACGUAGAUUCUAGCGUUGAGCAAUUGCUUAAGUUGAUUAGCAAGACUCAAAAUGUCUCUAAGGAUAGAAUCAGACUUACAAUGAAGGAUGCAACAGGGAAACAAGUUCCUUUGGAUGCAAGCAAGACAUUUGCUGCAAACGGUAUUAGCAAGUCAACUAAGUCAAUUACGUUGUACACUAAGGACUUAGGGCCACAAAUUGCCUGGAGAACUGUUUUCAUAAUCGAAUACUUCGGUCCGCUUUUGAUUCAUCCGCUCUUCUAUUUGUUCAGCUCGAUCUAUGGUCAAGGUUCUUUUACCCACACCCACACCCAGUUUGUGGCCUAUGUGUUAGUAUUGUUACACUUUUUGAAGAGAGAAUUCGAAACUGUGUUUGUUCAUAAGUUCUCGAAUGCUACCAUGCCAGUAUUCAAUAUUUUUAAGAACUCAUCCCACUAUUGGAUCUUAUCUGGAUUCAAUUUGUCGUUCUUUAUUUAUGGUCCUCCUACUGAUAACUCAUCAUUCUCGAGUAAAUUUUUAUUCUACGUUAACGAUUUUCCAGCCUAUGUUAAUUACACAUUAGCAGGAUUAUGGUUGUUUGCUGAAUUGUCAAACUUUACCACCCAUUUGAAUUUGGCCAGUUUGAGAUCUUCUUCCAACACCAAGAACUAUGUUAUCCCAUAUGGCUAUGGUUUUGAUUGGGUCUCGUGUCCUAAUUACUUCUUUGAAUCAUUAAGUUGGUUGUUCUAUGCUUUAUUGGUUGGCAACUGGUCUUCUUGGGUCUUCUUAGUUGUUGCCACUGGCCAAAUGUGGCUCUGGGCUGUCAAGAAACAUAAGAGAUACUUGAAGACGUUUGGCGAUGACUACAAAAAGUUAAAGAGAAAGAUCUAUGUUCCAUUCUUAGCUUAA